CUCUCACACCCACGUGAAUUCUCUUCUCUUAACAAGAUGUGUUGCAACUACGGCAACUCCUGUGGUUAUGGCUGCGGAUAUGGCUAUGGCUGUGGAUGUGGUCCCUAUUAUGGCUGUGGUUAUGGCCUCCGUUAUGGCUGUGGUUAUGGCUCAGGCUAUGGCUGUGGCUAUGGCACCAGAUAUGGCUGUGGCUAUGGCUAUGGCUCCAGCUGCUGUUGCUACCAGCCAUCUUGCUAUAGAAGAUGGUAUUCCUCUUGCUGGUAGAACAUCACUGUCCAAGCCCCACUUGCUUCUGAAAUGACAUGCCUUAAGAGAAGGCUCAUUCAAGGAUCUAUAUUUAUAUAUCGAGAUUUAUAUAUUGAGAGCAUUGCAUGUGUCAUUGAAGAUUUGACCUCCAGUAACAUUUGUAGCAUGGCAUCUUGUGGCUUGAGGCUAUCGAGUAUCAUCUAACAGUUUUCCAAAAAGUGUUGUUCUUACUCCCUUAGUAUGCAUUCUGUGUUGUGACUGUGGCGUGGAUCCGUACAUUCCACAUUUCGCAAUCCCCUUAUUCUCAAUAAAAAUGUUUCAUUCCUUCUA